AUGCCCGACCAGUUUAGUAGCGUAGCAGAGAUGGGUAGCAAUGGACAAGCUGCAGAUAUUGGUUGCCAGAAUUCUACUAAGAGCCAUGGCGCAACCACAGAUAUCCUCCCACCAAACACUACAUCUAGGAGUUCAGUUAGGCACGCUGUUUCUGUUAUGAAAGGUUUCUGCGAGUACAAAUGUUGGCUAGUAAAAGAAAUUGGUUUUGGUGGUAUGCUUGAUUUGCCAAUGAUACAGAAAUUGAACCUGAAGCUUAGUUCCUGGGUCAUGAGUAAGGUGGAGGUUAGCCAGAAAGCAAUUAUUAUUGGUGGCAGGAAGACCCUGAAGUUCAGUUCCGCAGAUGUUGGAAUGGUUUUCGGUAUCCCAUCCGGCAACCGAGAUGUGCUUGGACCCGACGGAAACAUUAACGAAGAGUCAAUUUCCUUCAUCAAGAAAACCUUAGGGAUGGACCUAGCUUCUUCUCACAGCCUGCGGUCGGCGGAAGCGUUCCUCAAGAGAGACAUCACAGAUCAAUCUAGCAAGAUUGAGAAGGAAUGUUUCCAGAUAGCAUUUGUCAUUUUUGUGAUGGGUCAUGUUCUAGCUCCGUCCUGCAAACACGACUACAAGACCAUCGAUUUCUGGGGUGCACUUUCAAAAGCCGAGAACAUUCCUCAAUUCAAUUGGUGUGACUAUGUCAUGCAAUGCUUGCUUGAUGCUGUAACUAAGCUCAAGAUGGAUAUCAAGAACGGAGUUAGUACUACAAACCUCACAGGAGGGCACCUAUUUCUGCAGGUCAACACCUUUCUUUUUCAGGGUAUUAUUCAUGUUUUUGGCCCUAAACAUUUCAAAACGGUGUGUUUCACCAUUAUUUUGUUGAUGCAUGUUUUCUACCUGGACAAUCUUGAUCUGGGCAUAUUCAACAAGAAGCAUGAUGUCCUCCCCCGCAUCAAUGUGUUUGACCAAGAUACCUUACGAAAAAUGUCUACAAUGGCCACAGACGUUGGAUUACCUGAGCCAUCUUUCUCCUCUGCUCCACUCAGAGACCCGUCCACAGUAUGUUACUCGCGAAGCAGGCCUCAGAAAGAGCCUGUCACACCAUCCAUGUCAGCUCCUCUAGCAAGCAACAACCCGUUGUCGCAGCACCAAGCAACAGCCAGAAAGACUGUCCCAUGCAGGCCGCCAACCAAUGCUAAUCAACAGUUAUCCCCUGCCAUUUCCCCCAGGCAAUUGUCCGCACUGGAUUACUCUAACCAUACCGCACGACAUUUUCCACUCGUGUCAAAACAACCAAUUGCCGUCCUCCUAUGUGAACAAAAUGCGAGAGCGAUCCAUCAUGUGACCACUGCACGACACAACAUACAAACUGACAUGGUGAACUUCACAGACAAGCUAUUCACCGCACUUGCAGCCAACUGCACAUGCUGUGCUGCCAGGGGGUUCUCAGACUGUCCACUCCAGUUUGUUAAUGAUAGUGCAACUCCGAAAGCACAUACGGUACAGCCAGAACAUUCCCACCCUAGCAGUUCCAACAACAUGUCCAACUUCAACACACCAGUCUCUGACAAAAUACAAGGUGUCCGACUUCAACUAUCUGAUGAUGAAGAGAGCUCCUCACAGAGACAGAGAGUGCUGAAGCGUCCAAGGUGCUCAGGAUCUAGUUUGGUGAAGGCACAAACGUCCGUUCAGAAAUGCCCUGUCAUCCACGACACCAAUGAUUCAUCAAUGAACGAAGAAAUUUGCGCAGCAGAUCAAAAAUAUGCCCGCUGCAUUUAGCAUCCAUCAAGGACAUAUAUGCCGAUUGCAUUGGGAAUGAGUUAUCAUCUGUUAUAUUUGGCGUCAACUGUGCAACCAUACCCAAAAGGAAGAUCCUCACGCAGCUACGCAUCCAACCCUUGGUUUGCAGGGCGUCCGGUUGUCCCAGGACCAACUCACUCCACAGAACUUCUUGAGGUUCACUUCUCAUCUCUGCCAGUCAAACACAUUGCUAGGUUCGUCAAGAAAUCCUCUUUCUCUUUUCAUAUUUUCUGUCUGUGAACCACUCUUCACAUUUCAGCUUUUUGUUACCCACAUAACAGUAAUCCCUGUCUCAAACAGGAACUGGAUAGUACACAACGACCCUAGGUUGGUAAGGAUUUCCAGGAAGGAUUUGCAAGAGCAGCUGCUAGGAGCAGCAAUACUUGACCAUGAACUAGGAUGUGUUAUUCUACGCCGCCUGAAGCACCCAUUGUCGUCUGAUUGUGACCAUGACCAUGACCAUGAACUAGGAUGCUUGACAAUGAGUGAUUGUGCUCAA